AUGGAUCCAGUCAAGCAGGAACAGCACUCGGCCCAAGAACCAGAUAAAUCAAUCAAGUCCCAAAAUCAAGACAGCCAUAAAAUUGAAGGGAGCGAUGCGGAGAAAUCACAGAAAUCACAACGGGACCAAAGCAGCCUAGAGGGCGCGGAAACCCAGGAGCCCACUGGGCUUCACGCAUCCAUCUCCCCUCUACGACUUAACAUUAUCGUCUUUGGCCUCUGGAUUUCACUCUUUCUCGCCGCCCUCGACAGCACAAUCAUCUCGACUGCGGUCUUCGAUAUCUCGAACAGCUUCAAUAGCACCACCCCACUAUUUACACUUAAGAACACCUUCUCAAUUCUCGCUAUAGCGUUCGUUCUCCUCCUCGCAAAGCUUAGCGAUAUCGUGGGACUCAAGCUCCUGCUCCUCGUCUCGAACGUCAUCUUUCUCGUCUUUUCCAUUGCUUCUGGUGUAUCCAGUACAAUAGACCAACUAAUUGUAUUUCGCGCUUUACAGGGUAUAGGGGCAUCAGGUCUUUACUGCCUCGUCUUCGUCGCGAUCCUCCGAUUGAUCUCCCUCGAAAAGGCUGCUCUAUACUCCGGUAUUAUCAGCUCAGUCUUCGCGCUAUCCAACCUCCUAGGCCCGAUUCUGGGAGGUGUUAUCGUGGACAACACAACGUGGCGGUGGAUAUUCUAUAUUAAUAUUCCCCUGGCGUCCAUUGCGGGAUUGAUCUUAGGGUGUGCGAUUCCCUCAUCGAAGGAGGUCAAGUUCAACCGUCAAAUGUUCAAGAAGUUUGAUUUUGUCGGCUCGUUUCUCUCAAUCUGUUGGUUGAUCCCAAUUCUCUUUGCCCUCCAGGAAGGUGGGUCCCACUAUGCCUGGAGUAGUAGCGGGAUAAUCGGUACUCUGGUCGGGGGUAUCGUGGCCCUGAUUACAUUUGUCGCGUAUGAAACAUGGCUCCAGCACCAAAACAGCGCGAGAGAACCAGUAUUCCCUGUCAAGUUCAUCCGUGACCCUAUGCAGGGGUUGUUGCUACUGAAUGUUCUACUUAUGGGCUUCGCCUUUUAUACCGCGAUCAUAAUCCUCCCACAAAGGUUCCAGGCCGUCAACCACGUCAGCGCAUCCCGAGCCGGUGUGCUACUUCUCACUCUCACAUUGACUCUUCCCUUAUUCUCGCUGAUUUCCGGCGGAAUACUUGCCAAAAAGCCCGAGAUGACUUACUCUCUUCUCAUAUUCGGCGCGGCCCUGGUCCUGACAGCAACGGCCUGUUUUAGCGAUCUAUCUGUAGACCACCCAGUUUCUGACAGGCAAUACGGGUUUGAGGUUCUCAUGGGAUCAGGUCUUGGUGUCCUCUCUUCGACCCAGUACGUUGCGUUGAAGUUAACGUUUCUAAACCGCGACACGGCGACGGGAACAGGUGCCAUGAAUAUGUUACGUGCGAUGGGAGGAUGUAUCGGGUUGGCGGUCUGCGAUGCGAUGUUGAGCUCCCGGCUUGAUAAUGAUCUGCCAAUGGUUCUCUCGGAUAACCCAGAACUUAUUCGCAUCGCUAAGGAAUCACUGAAUACUGCCAGUGGGUUUAGCGCUGACCAGCUUGCGCUUGUGCGACAGGUGUAUGGCAGGGGAUAUAAUGAUGGUUUGCAAGUUAUGAUUGCAUUCGCGGGGGCCAAUGUUGUUGUUGCAGGCCUCUUGUUUCUGAACACAUAUCGGAGGGGUGGUAUAGAUGGAAUUGUUGCGGCUGCUAAGAUGUCGGAAGAACAGAGGGAUCCUCGGGCCAGUCCUUGA